UAUUUAUGUUUAUUUAUUUUUCCUUUUGUACAACUAUUUGCACAUUACAACACUGUAUAUAAACAGAUGACAGUUGAAAUGUCUUUAUUAUUUUGGAACUUUUGUAAGUGUAAUGUUUACUGUAAAUUCGGUUUUGUUUAUUAUCUAUUUCACUUGCUUUGGCAAUGUAAACAUAUGUUUCCCAUGCCAAUAAAGCCCCUUGAGUUGAAAUUAAAUUGAGAUAAAGCAUGCAGUAGCCUUUUAAUGUGAUUAGUUAUGCAGUGUCAGAUACAUUCGUUUGAUUUGUGAAAUCCAAGCCUGAAAUGUGUUACAUAAUUUCUGAAAAGUGUAUGUCAUUGCUGUUACAUGUAAUAUGUAAAGUCAGCAAACUGACAUAACCCUGCAAACAACUUAAUACCAGUAGGUAGCGCCAACGGCGUCGCCGUUUUUGAGUUCUCGGUUUGCCAUCGAGUUUCUUUGGUUUGCCGGCUGCCUCUUCCUCCUAGCGAGAGCCGCAGGUUGAACACAUGAGUGUUAGCGUUUGCUAGUUUGCCAUUGUAUGCUUGCGUGAUAAAAACGCAACAAUUUAGCUAUUACACGUGUUUAAUCGUUAUAUGUGAUAUCAUCUAAGGACCAGCUACAAGAUGAGUUUACUCGCCAAAAUAGCAGAAAUUGAGGCCGAGAUGGCUCGGACUCAGAAGAACAAAGCCACAUCUAACCACUUGGGGCUGCUCAAAGCUCGCCUGGCCAAGAUGAGGAGAGAACUUAUCACACCAAAGGGAGGCAGUGGAGGAGGCACAGGGGAAGGCUUUGAUGUGGCAAAAACAGGUGAUGCCCGUAUCGGGUUUGUAGGCUUCCCCUCAGUAGGCAAGUCUACUUUACUAAGUAACCUGGCAGGGGUGUACUCAGAGGUGGCGGCCUAUGAGUUCACCACCCUCACCACAGUACCAGGAGUGAUCCGCUACAAGGGUGCCAAAAUACAGCUCCUGGAUCUUCCAGGUAUCAUCGAGGGGGCCAAAGAUGGCAAGGGCAGAGGACGACAGGUCAUCGCAGUGGCUCGAACCUGCAACCUGAUCCUCAUAGUGUUGGAUGUUCUGAAGCCUCUGGGCCACAAGAAGCUGAUUGAGCACGAGCUGGAGGGCUUCGGAAUCCGCCUCAACAAGCAGCCGCCCAACAUCGGCUUCAAGAAGAAGGACAAAGGAGGCAUCAACUUCACCGUCACAUGUCCACAGAGUGAGCUGGACGGUGACGCAGUGAAGAGCAUCCUGGCCGAGUACAAGAUCCACAACGCUGACAUCACCCUGCGCAGCGACUCCACUGCCGAUGACCUCAUCGACGUGGUGGAGGGAAACCGAAUGUACAUCCCCUGCAUUUAUGUGCUCAACAAAAUCGACCAGAUCUCCAUUGAAGAGCUGGACAUCAUCUACAAGGUACCCCACUGCGUGCCCAUCUCUGCCCAUUCCCGCUGGAACUUUGAUGACCUACUGGAGAAGAUGUGGGACUACCUGCACCUAGUGCGCAUAUACACCAAACCCAAAGGCCAGCUUCCUGACUACACAUCUCCAGUCGUUCUACCUACUGAACAUACUGCAGUGGAGGACUUCUGUCUGAAGAUUCAUAAAAGCCUCCUCAAAGAAUUAAAAUAUGCUCUGGUGUGGGGUGCUUCAGUGAAACACAACCCCCAGAAGGUGGGAAAAGACCAUGUCAUGGAAGAUGAGGAUGUAAUCCAGCUGGUGAAAAAGUAAAAGUCUCCUGACUCUCUGCAUCACAGGAAAUAGUCUGCUGCUCAUGAAACCCCCCCUCAAGCAUAUCCAUGAGAACAUCUGUCUUCGUUGUUCUCAAUUUUAUGUUGGAGUUUUCAAACUGAAAAUAAAAAUUAGAUGAAUGUCAAUGUUA